AGCAAAAACUUGCUUCGGUACCGUAGUAUAAACCAAAACAUCGUAGAAAAUGGCGGAUAGGAGUAACGAAAGCAUUGUAGACAAUGACAAUUUCAAUCCUUUUUCCUUUUCCAAAUUCUUGCAGAGAAAAGAAGAGCACACAGAAGUUAGAGAGAUUAUAGAUCCUAUUGAUCCCUCUUCUGAUGAUCCAGACAGUGAUAUACUGAAUAAAAACCCUUUUUUAAAUAAAAAGUACCAAAAUGCGCCAAAAAACUCUCGCAAGUUGCAGAUUGUUGAUGAUGAUGAGGACACCAAUGUUAAUAACUUGACUACAAAUCCUGUUAAGGAGAGGAAUGACACAGACACAGAUUCAGAUUCAUUCGAAGCAAGAACACCCUCUCCACAAAUGGAUUCCUAUGUUUUACCAGAGUCAAGUAUCGAUCCAUUGCAACAGAAAAUUGACCAGCUUGUUGUGGAGAAAGAAACACUACAAUGUGAGUUAAAGAAAAUUAAAGAAGAAUUCUUAGAAUAUCGACAGACAGCAAACAGAAGAAUAAGUGGCUUACAGAAAGAGUUGGAGAAGGUAAGAAAAAAAGAAGCUGAUGAAACGAAAGCUUUGGAAGAUGUUGUACAUAUUGUUGAAGAAAAUCUACAAGCAACAACGACACGAGCAGCAAAAGCAGAAGCGACUGUAUCUCGUUUGAAGGAAGAACUGCAGUUUUACAAGGAAGGAAGUGUGCCAAAACAACACUACGAAAAACUUGUUACUGAGCAUGCGUACUUGUUGAAUACAAUUCAAGAAAAAUCCAAAAAUGCUGCCUACUUGAUGAGAACAGCUGCGGAGAAGACCGAACCACACGUCAGACAACUUCAAGCAGGUAUCGCGUCAUUGCGAUUCUUGGCAGAGCAGUUUGAAGAUCUUGGAACUAUAGCGGAGUUACCGAAAUCAGAGAAUAUGAAAAAUGAUGUCACAUGACCUAACGUGAAAUCCUAAUUGGUUAAAUUAUUAGGCGAAACUUGACCAUAGUUACGUAACGAUGGCGUAGUAACGAAGGUUGCACUCACGUUACCGUCGUCAACAAUUUUUUACGAGAAGAAUUGCUGAUAUGGUAAAUACAUGUUAGAUUCAGAAUUAACUGUGAUAAGUUUAAGAAAUGGCAUUGGAAAUAAUUUCCAAAUAAAAUGAAAUAUGAUAAAACAAUAUAUAGAUUUUUCUUCACUACCCAUGUAUUAAAUAGACAGAUUUUUAGUUUUUACGAAUUAAUUUUGUUAAUAUAUUUUUAUAUACAUGUUAGUGUUUGAAUUUUGGUCAUAAUUUUAAAUAUUAUUACAUAGUA